AUGGCCAUGUCGCCGUCAUCGCGACUCAUGGAUCUUCGUCGUUCUCGAUCGGCGUCGGAUGAUGGGAGCACUGGGGCGGCGGGUCCGGUGGUGAGCUCGCGGCGGCUGCGGCUGGAGGAUCUGUCAAAUCCGCCGACGGCCGCCGAGCUGCGGCAGUACUCGGAUGCCAACAUGCACGAUCUGCCGCCGACGUACAAGCGCGAGCCGGAGAAUCGAGUGUAUGUGGUGCGCGGGCUCCGGCUCGAGUCUGUCAAGCACGUCGGGUUUGACAUGGACCACACCAUCUGCGAGUACAAGUCGCCGCAGUACGAGGCGCUGCAGUACCGGCUGAUUGUCAACCGGCUGGUGGCGAUGGGCUAUCCCGAGUCGAUCAGGACGCUCUCUUACGACGCGAGCUUUCCAAUCCGUGGCCUCUGCCUCGACACCAAGCUCGGCAACCUGCUCAAGCUCGACCAGUACGGUACCAUUCUUGCGGCGACGCACGGGCGGCGGCGGUUGACGACGGCGGAAAAGUACCCGUCCAAGUUUAUCAACCUGGCCAAGGUCGGCUCGGGCCGGCGGUUCCACCUCUACGACACGCUCUUCUCCAUGCCGGAGAUUUGCCUCUACGCCGACCUCAUCUCGCUUUUUGAGUCGGAGAUGGAGUCGUCGGAGCUCGGCAUCGACGACGAGAAGCUGUCGCUCUCGUUCGAGGCACUGUUCAUCGACCUCCGUGCCGCCGUUGACCACAUCCACUACUCGGGCGAGCUGAAGGAUGCGACAACGGCCGACCUGGAGAUGUAUGUCGAGCCUGCGCCGCGGCUGGCCGACCUGCUGCUGCGGUUCCGGACCAAGGCCAAGGUCUUCCUGCUCACCAACUCACCGUACGCGUACACCAACAUCAUCAUGGACUACCUGCUUGCGCCGUCCUACACCGCCGACUACCCGAACUGGCGAUCGUUUUUUGACGUGGCCAUUGUCUCGGCGCGCAAGCCGCUCUUCUUUGGCAAGGGCACCGCUCUCCGCGAGGUCGAGGUGGCGACAGGCAACCUCAAGCUCCACCGCAUCACGGCGUUCGAGGACGGCGCCGUCUACCACGGUGGCUCGCUGUCGACGUUCUGCGAGCUGACCGGUGCCCGUGGGCCGGACGUGCUGUACAUUGGCGAUCAUAUCUUUGGUGACGUGAUCAAGAGCAAGAAGAACUCGGGCUGGCGGACGCUGCUGGUUGUCCGCGAACUGGUCGACGAGCUCAACUCGUUCCGCAACUCGACCUCGGAGUUUGUGCACCUUGCCAACCUCGAGUUUAUGCUCGCCGAGAUCUACCGCGGCCUCGACUCGUCGGCGGUCAACCCGCCGAACGUCAAGGAUAUCCACGCUGAGAUCCGCGCCACCCGCUUUGCUGAUCUCUAUGCCUCGUCAGUCACCAACAUUAUCCACUACCCCAUGUUCUAUGCUUUCCGUACCCAGGCCGCGCUCAUGCCUCACGAGCGCGGUGCUAUGCAGGGUGGCGACGACGCCCACGACAUGGCUCAGCCCUCGCUGGCCGUCGACUCGGACUCGGACGACCUCAACAUCUCCGGCUCGGUCCACGCCCUCGACAGUUCCAUGGAGACACUUGCUCAGCGCAAGCGUACUCUCCGCCGCGCUUCUAGCGAUGACGACGACGAUGACGAUGACAUGCAGUCGCGCUCCGACCACCACCACCCACCGUGCGGGUCGCCCGACGAGGCCGGCGGCCCGAUCUUGGCUGGAAACAGCGACAACGACGACUCGGACGAUGAUGCCUAA